GAGAAUAUGCAUGUUCCCGAAUGGUUUGCUAAUCCAUUUGAUGUAAAAAUAGAUAAUGAAGGUAGUGAACCUGGCUUAGAAGAUGAACUGAUUGAAAUAUGUGUAGAUCUCGAAGCUAAAGCGUUGUUUAAAAAUAAAAACCUCAGUGAAUUUUGGAACAAUAACAAUAUUGCCACUAAAUAUCCCAAGCUCAGAGCAGAAGCAGAACCUUUCUUACUCGCAUUCCCAACUUCAUAUAUGGUUGAAGCUGGUUUUAGCCACGCGAACGCAAUUUUGACAAAACAGAGGAACAGAUUGAACUUGGAAAACCGCGGUGAUUUGCGACUAAAACUUACCAAUUUUCAACCGAAUAUCCAUAAUCUUGCUGCUACUCUUCAGACACAUCCAUCCCACUAAUAUCAAGUAUUUUUAUAAAAAGGUAUGUUAACAUAUUUUAAGGUAUUCAGUAGUAGUCGCAAAAUGACAGUAAAAGGUUUUUCAUCCAAUAUAACUUAUGUUUUCAAAGAUAAUUGUGUAUUUUACGUAUUAUGGCACGUACGGUUUAAGAAUUAUAGGUAAAUUUCCAUCUAUCUAUAAUUUUGCUAUUAUUUUUUUAAGAUUAUAAAUCAGUGAAAAAUAUCUCCUUUUUCUGUUAAUGUUGGGUAAAUUUUAUAAGAUAUGGGAACUAUAAAUUAUUUCGUUGGGUUGUUAUGCAGGUCUUCUUAUUGCUUAAUAUCA